AAUUGAUAUAAAAUUUUAUAAAAGAAAUUUUAUGAUUAUUUUAGGAUCACUUUUUAAGCGAAAAGGAUUGAUAAAUAAUUAAAUUAAUUAAAAUGGCUGAAGCACCUUUAGAGAAAAAAAUAAAAGUAUUAAUAGCAGCAUCUGGAAGAAUUUAAAAAGAAUACUUGGCAUACAAAAAUGAAAUCUAAUAAUUCGAAAAUGUUUUAUAGGGAAUAUAAGAUAUUGAAGAAAACUCAUUAAAAAUAAAGAAAUAAGUAAUAAAUAGUUAUUAAUAAUAGAAUGAAUUAUUAAUUGAAUCAAAGAGUAUGUUGCCUAAUACUUUUUCAAGAUUGGAAGAAAACAAUUAAAAAUUGAUUGAACUAGUAGAUUAAGCAGGAAUGAUAAAUAUUGAAUUAAAAGAACAAGCAUAAUAAUGUAUAGAUCAAACCAUAGAGUUUCUUAAUUAAAUAAAUCCAGCAAUGAUUUGAAUAUUAUUUAUUU